GCCUGCCGCUCCGCCGAGCGCCCGCUCUGAGGCCGCGGUUUGGAGAGCUGCUUCCCGCCGCCGCGCGCAGCCGCCCGGCCCAGACACGCGGGUGCUCGUCGGGAAUGCCCCGCUAGGGAGGCGGCCGCGGCCGGCGCUCGCCGCAGCAGCCCUGCCGCGGGGAUCAGGCUUGAAUAGCUCGUAGCUAACAUCGUCGUUUGCAAAUGCGAUGGAAGAAAGCAACGCUGAAGAGGUGCAGGGUAUUCUUCGACUUAAUGUGCAAGGAUGCGUAUACACAGCCAGGCGCGAGUCUUUAUGCCGCUUUAAGGAUUCGAUGCUAGCUUCAAUGUUUAGUGGACGCUUUCCUCUAACAGUGGAUGAAACCGGGGCUUGUCUAAUUGAUCGAGAUGGAAGCCUAUUUAAGUAUCUUCUAGAUUAUCUUCAUGGAGAAGUUCGGAUUCCCGAAGAUGAACAAAUUCGAAUUGCAUUGCAGGAGGAAGCAGAUUAUUUUGGCAUCCCUUAUCCAUACAGUCUGUCUGAUCAUUUGGCCAAUGAAUUGGAGACAUAUUCUUUAAGGUCAAACAUAGAACUUAAAAAGGCUCUGUUAGAUUUCUGUGAUUCUUAUGAUUUAGUCUGCACCAAGCCUACAGUUUGGGUCCUACACUAUCUCAAUACUUCUGGAGCAAGCUGUGAAAGUAAAAUUAUUGGUGUGUAUGCAACAAGAGCUGAUGGGAUUGAUGGAAUUAAUAAAGAGCUAGGAAGGAAAAUUAAUAGUAAAAACAUUUACAAAAGAGAAGCUGGAAAUAACAUCCAAUACAUCUGGAGCUAUUACUCAGUCACUGAAUUGAAAAAGAUGAUGGAUGCUUUUGAUGCCUGGGAAGGGAGAGGUGUCAGCUACUGGAGAGUGCCCCAGGAGCUGAUAGAAUGUUGGACUCUUGAAGAACGCCCUUUGAAAAGUAGCUUGCAUCAUAUGCCUCCAGUUCAUAAAAGACGAGUAAUCGACUUUACUGAAGAAGAGGAAGAUUGUUUACCCUGUAAAGCUGGUCCCAAGCCAAUUAGAUUCUCAGGUCCCUCAACAAGUACCCAUAUCAAAGUCAAGAAUUCAGCUUCAUUAAAGGUAGCUGCUUGCAACACUUCAGGUUCUGUGGUAACUCUGAAGCGACCCAAUAGUGAAAGUUUGGCGCUGCUCAAAGUAGCUUGUAAAACUGUAUCCACAACGGGCACACCAGUGCCCGUGAAUUCCCAGGCAUCGGGGGGAAGGCAGAGGGCUGACAGCGGGAGGUUGUGCGAGAUGACUUGCAAGAUCUCGGCGUCUAGGAAGCCUACGAGCAACCGUGUAGUAAAGCUGAAGCGAACCCCGCUUUCUCUUGCAACACCGCCUCAGUCAUCUUCUCCAAUAUCCAAUAUAACAAGUGAACAGGGCAGCGCUGCUUCUGAAAUUCCUGCAACUUCUGUGGUACUAAACAGGAAAGAAUCAGCUGUAUCAGCAGCUACUGUUAAGCUUAAGAAUGAUGCAGUGGAUGGAUAAUCUUUAGCUCAGACUGAAAGACUGGAUAGCUCGGCAUCAUCUGGUCAAAGAGACGAUGAUCUCAUGUUAUCAUUUCUUUAAAGAUUUGGUAGCCAGUUAUGAUGAAAAAAAUGAGAAGUGUAGGGAGAAAUGGUUUUAAGUGAACAAUGGGUUGUUUUCUGCUUUGUUUCUAAAUAUAUUUUAGGAGUUGGGAGAGGAUGAAGAAACAUGGAUUUAAAAAGCCAUCAAAACUCAGCGCUGGGCAGUUUAAUAUGGUGGUAUUUCAUAUUUCUGUCAGGCUGUACUGGUACAACUAACCUUUCUGGAGGGAGUAUGCACAUGGCAUAGAAGACCUGUUUAUCAACUUUAAGUACAGUUGACCUUUUUUUUUUUUUUUU